AUGGAGCCGGCGUCGGUGAGGACCAAAGUCCCCUCCUUCCUGUCGGACCUGGGGAAGGCCACGCUGCGGGGCAUCCAGAAAUGUCCCCGCUGCGGCACUUACAACGGCACCCGAGGCCUCAUCUGCAAGAACAAGACGUGCGGCACCGUCUUCCGCUACGGCGCCCGCAAGCAGCCCGGCGUCGACGCCGUCAAGAUCGUCACCGGCUCGGACUUACAGGUUUAUUCGGUGCAGGAGAGGGACCGGGGACCGGAUUCCCGGUGCUUUGUGGAGCUGGGGGUCUCGGAGACGGCCAUCCAGACGGUGGACGGCACCAUCAUCACGCAGCUCAGCUCCGGCCGCUGCUACCUGCCGGCCUGUCUGAAAGCGGCCACGCAAGGGGUGGUGGAAAACCAGUGCCAGCACGUCAAACUGGCCCUGAACUGCCAGACGGAGGCCACCCCGCUGGCCUUGAAAAGCUCGGUGCUCAACUCCAUGCAGGCUUCCCCCGAAACCAAACAAACCAUCUGGCAGCUGGCCACCGAGCCCACGGGGCCGCUGGUGCAGCGCGUCACCAAGACCAUCCUGGUGGUGAAGUGCAAGGCCAGCCAGAAGCACAGCCUCGGCUACCUGCACGCCUCCUUCGCCCACAAGGUGAACGCCAAGACGCUGACGGACCACAGGUUCUCCUGCUCCUGCCAGGCUCCGAAGCCCGGCAAGGGCGGCCCGGCCGAGGAGGAGGCGCCGUCGCCGCGCUGCAUUCACUUCUUGGCCUGCCUCUGCGCCUUCGCCAGCGACGAGAGCCUGGCGCAGGAGUUCGCCGAGUUCCUCGCCUGCGACGCCGGCAGGCUGAAAGGGCUGACGGUCCCGCAGCUGGUGGGCAGCCCCGAGUCCCCGGGGCAGGCCGGGGAGGCGGCUGCUGCCAAGGCCAAGAAGAGGAAAAAGGACGUCGCGCCGGGGGCGCGGGCGGCCAGCCCCCUCCUGGCGCAGGACGCGGCUCACGGCAACGCCAGGAGAAGCAGCCUGAAGAAGCCGGCCGUCGCCUCCUCGCUGAAGAGACAAGGCUGUAACCAGCUGCUGGACGAGGCGCAGGUGACCCUCUCCGUCCAGGACUCCGACGUCACCGAACGCAUCCAUCAAACCAUGCGUGAACAGUUUGAGGGGAAGCCGGAGCCGCUGCUGUUCCGCAUCCCUCAGGCUUCCUUCCAGGCGCUGCAGCAGCGGAUGUCCAGGGGGAGUGCAAAGAAGACGCUGCCCAACUCCACCAGGGCUUUUGUCCCCCGGGACGCCCUCCCCCUGGGCACCUUCUCCGGACAGUGGCACAUCACCAACAUCCUGCAGCUGCCGCUGGAGAUGCCCCGGGAUGGCUCCUGCGAGCUCUUCAGGUGCCCCGAGGUGGAGGUGGAGAGCAUCGUGGAGACCUGCGGCCCCCUGGAGCAGCUCAAAACCUUCCUCUGAGUGGGAAACACCUCCCCGACGCAGAGGGAGCCCACCCCCUUCACCAUCGAGUGGAUCCCCAACAUCCUGCCCCGCUCCCGCAUCGGGAAACUGCACCUCAAAUUCCAGUACGUAUCGCCCAGCGCCCCCAGUGCCCCUGUGACCCCGUUUCCCCAGUGCCCCCCGGAUCCCCCCAACAGCCCCAGUAACGCCCAGGGCUCCCAGUACCCCCAGUUUCCCCAUUAUCCCUCAGUAACCCCCAGUAACCCCAGUACCCCCAGGGCUCCCAGUACCCCCCAUUACUCCCAGUACCCCCAGAACCGCGUCCCGGUGAGCGCCGUCGUCUUCCAGGUGUCCGUGGGCUGCUGCCUCGGCUGCUGCCCCGGGAUGGCCCACGGCUUCGGCUUCGUGCCCGUCCGGUUCCAGUGGUGGUUGGUGACGAUGCCCUUCGGCCUCCUCAUCCUCAUCUACGACGAGAUUCCCACAUUGGGAACGUGGAGACACCCGGGAAGGCAGUUGCCCCCCCAUUUUGCCUCCCAAUGA